AUGAAGGCACAGGUCACCAUCGUCUGUUCUUUACUGUUUUUUCUGACCACGGAAUGUUCUCUCUAUAAACCCAAGAUUCACAGAAAAGAUAAAGAUGACUUUCAAACACCUCUAUGGAAGCAUAAGUUCAGUCGGACGCAAGAUAAAUGCAGUGGAAAUUGCAGCUUGACUUCCAACUGUAGCCAGAGCUGUGAUCCAUAUUUCCGGGGAGAAAUAGUAUUCACAUGUAGUCAAGGCAAAUGGCAGAAAACAACGGAAACAUGCACAAGCCUCUCUGUGGACGCCCUGUUUCAGGGCGCAAAUCCUGCAGUGAGCCUUUCCGUGGCGUCGUCCUCUCUCUUCCCCAUGAACUUAGUAGACAGCAAGGCACGGCACCAUAUCGGGGAUGUCUUUCAAGGAAUCCACAAGUACUGCCCCGAGGACUACGUCUGCCUGGUCGACCCUGUGAAGUCCUCCAAAGUUACGUCUGGAAAUAUUGCAUUCGUAGUAGAGUUAUUAAAAAAUAUCUCCGCAGGCUUGCAGACUUUGGACGGAACACAUGGGAAUGUGACUCAUGAGAAAAUGAAGAACUAUGGAAAAAUGGCCAACCACAUCCUUAACAAGACUGCCCUUUCAAAUUGGGCUUUCAUUCCCAAUAAAAAUGCCAGCUCAGAUUUGUUGGAGUCAGUGAACGCCUUCGCCAAGAAACUCCAAAUCCACGGUGAAUCUGAGAGCAUUGUAAAUGAACUCUUCAUUCAGACAAAAGGUGCCCACAUCUAUCGCAACAGCUCAGAGAACAGUUUCAACCUCUCCAUGCCGGUGUCCGAUGACACAGAAGAUGCCUUAGUACUGAUAGAAAUUCCCAGGCAAGCACUACGUGAGCUGCCAUCCAAUGUCUCCCAAGCCAUUGGCAUAGCUUUUCCAACGUUGGGGGCCAUUCUGAAAGAAGCCCAUGGGCCAAAUGUGAAUCUCCCAAAGCCCGUAAAUGGUUUGAUCUUGUCAUUGGUUUUGCCAGAAGGUCUGAAAGAAAUCAUACUCACCUUUGAUAAGAUCAAUAAAUCCCAGAGCGCCAGCAGCCGGUGUGUCGGCUGGCAUUCUGAGAAAAGGCAAUGGGAUGAGAGCCCGUGUAAAAUGGUGUCAGAUACCAGAGGCGCCGUGAAUUGCCAUUGUAGAUGCAACAGAACUGUGAUGUCUUUCUCCAUUCUUAUGUCAUCCAAGCCUGUAAGGGACAAGGUUCUGAACUAUAUCACUUUCAUUGGGCUCAGCGUCUCCAUCUUCAGCUUGGCACUUUGCCUGGUCAUCGAAGCUGUGGUUUGGUCCCGGGUGGUUGUGACCGAGAUAUCCUACAUGCGUCACGUGUGCAUCGUGAACAUUGCAGUGUCCCUCCUGACUGCCAAUGUGUGGUUCAUCAUUGGCUCCAAUGCAAAUGUUCAGGAGGACCACAAUUGGUGUGUGGCUGUGACAUUUUUCAGUCACUUCUUCUUCCUCUCCCUGUUCUUCUGGAUGCUCUUCAAAGCGCUGCUCAUAGUCUAUGGAAUCCUGGUUGUUUUCCGCCGGAUAAUGAAGUCUCGUAUGAUGGCCAUAGGCUUUCUUGUUGGCUAUGGGUGUCCUCUGGUGAUUGCUGUCAUUACAGUUACUGUCACAGGGACGGAGAAAGGUUACACCAGAGACGAUGCCUGUUGGCUUAAUUGGAACGAAACCAAAGCCCUUUUUGCAUUUGCCAUCCCAGCCUUGGCCAUUGUUGCUGUGAAUCUCCUUGUGGUUCUGGCAGUUGCUAUCAAUACCCAGAGGCCUUUGAUGGGCAGUUCAAAAUCUCAGGAUAUGGCCAUAGUUUUCAGGAUCAGCAAAAAUGUUGCCAUCCUCACCCCGCUGCUGGGACUGACCUGGGGUUUUGGUCUAGCAACCUUGCUAGAAGGCACACACUUGGUAUUUCAUAUAAUCUUUGCCUUGCUCAAUGCUUUCCAGGGCUUUUUCAUCCUGGUGUUCGGCACGAUUAUGGAUUACAAGAUAAGGGAUGCUCUGAGGAUGAGGGGAAGUCGAGAGCAGCAGAGAAGGCAUCGUUAA